UGAGACUAUUAGAUAUUUUUACCUUUCUUUUUACGUGUAGAUGUACUUUUGUAUGUAACAGCAGUUUCAACCUCAUCCCUUAUCCUGCGAUAUCGAUAUCUUCUUUUCCUAAUAAGAAGAAGAAAAAUAUCAACCAGUUUCUUGUAGAUGAAUAUUCCUCUAACUAACUCUUUAUUUUUCUUAUCUUUUAUUCACUUAACAACAACAUCAGAACUCUAGACUCCUAUGCUUUAACAAGAUAUGCUGUUUUUUCUUUCCCCUUUACUGCUGUUCUUUACACUUUUUAUCCCUCUCCCUAAACACCACGUAAGCUAAUCUAGCAAAUGCUCUAAUAAGUUAUGUUAAACUGUAUACAGUAUCUACUUACCUGUGUUAUGCCUAGUGUUGAGUAUAUAGCGUAUACACGUACAUUUGUUUGUCUAGAUAUAUCUAAAAUAUCUCUUAACUUUGAUCUGAUAACUUUAUCAAAUGGAUCGACACCUACAGCUAGGACUAAGAAAGAGAAGAAGAAGAAGAAGAAGAAGAAGAAGAAGAAGAAGAAGAAGAAGAAGAAGAAGAAGAAGAAGAAGAGAAUAGAGCAAUAGAAACCUAAACUAAAAAGAAUAAAAUAAGAAAGGUAAAGUGUACGCGUGUAGAGAGGGUUUUGUAGUUUUAAAGUAUAAAGAAGAGCAAUUUAUGUGCGUUUUAUAGGGAGUUAAAGUAAGAAAGAGAAUUGAAGUGUAAAGGAUUUUAUAAUUUCUUGUGGUUCUGUUGCAUUACAUCGUUUCUUUUCUGCUAUCUUAUACUCUUAUUUCCUCGCUGCUUUGUAAAAGGAAGAAAGGUCCCUAUAGGGUUUGUUUAUUCCCACUGGAAGGGCGUUAAU